CUUUGCUCGGGUUGAAGCUGAAUGGAGCUCUACUGGGAGUUACAUGAGGUCACUUUCAUUAAAUAAAGAACAAUGAACUUCAUGAUGCUGUGCUGGUAAGAGGAAAUGCUGCGCCACUGGCCGGUGAGAAGAAAUUACGGAGCAGAGCAGCACUGUACCCUUCAUGUGUGGAUUCAAUAUGGAGUUAAUACCUAGUUGCUCUUUAAUUGGGACUCGGCUGUCAAUCUGAGCGAAGCAAACUAACUUCACCUAUGGCCAGUCUGGACAGAAAUAACAAAAUCCUGAUCGAUUUGGUGCGACAGCCAGGUAACAACAGGUGUGCUGACUGUGGAGUUCCUGAUCCUGACUGGGCCUCCUGUACUCUUGGUAUCUUUGUGUGCCUGAAUUGCUCGGGGAUUCAUCGCGAUUUGGCUGAUGUCAGCAGAGUAAAAUCCAUACGUCUGGAUCUCUGGGAUGAUUCACUAGUACAGUUCAUGCGGGAGAGAGGAAAUUCUGCAGCCAAGGCCAUUUAUGAGAAGUGUAUCCCUGCCUUCUUCUAUCGGCCGCAAUAUGAAGACUGCACUGUUCUUAAGGAUCAAUGGAUCCGUGCAAAGUAUGAAAGAAGAGAAUUCACAGGAGAAAAGAACAACUUCCGGCAAGCUUAUUGCUCAGACCAGUUUGAUACUACACUAUGGAAGAAGGGCAAAGACAACAAACAUUUUUUAAAGAGGAUCUUCCAGCUGUCCCGAAAAGACUUCACCCUCAGAUACUUUAUUAAAGAGGAUUCCAAGCUUCCUAAAGCUGUGAUCUCCAUGAAGGAUCUUAAUGCAGUCUUCCAGCCAGAGAAGAUCGGGCACGCUCACGGUCUGCAAAUCUCCUACGUGCACGACAAACGCACGAGGAAUCUGUUUGUUUAUCACGAAAAAGGACAGGUAAUUGUAUCCUUGUUCAAUGCUAUUCGUGCCACACGCCUGGCAUACCUCCAGAAGAAACAUCCAACUCUUCGAGACAAUGACUUAAUACCUCAGAUAACGAGAUAUUGCUUGAAGGAAGGAUACAUGGAGAAAACCGGCCCAACGCAAAGGGAGCCAUUCAAGAAGAGGUGGUUCACACUGUGCUCAGUGAACAGAAAGCUUCUAUAUUUUAAAAGUCCACUGGAUGCUACUGAGCUGGGUGCCGUCUUCAUUGGCACAGAGAGCCAUAGCUACUCCGUCUCAGAGAGCAGCGGGCGGAGCACCAGAGGAGGCCGGUGGCACUUUGGCGUCACGCUGCACACGCCGGACAGGGAGUUUGUCUUUAUGUGCGAGCAGGAGCAGGAUCAGGAGGAGUGGUUAGAGGCCUUCAGAAAGGUCAUCUCUCAACCUAUGACCCCAGAGGACUACGCUAACGAAGCCAACAUGAGAAGGGGGAAAUGACUGGUGAAGUUUUACCUGUUGGUUUGCAGGGGCUCAGGAGGAAACACGUAACAUUUUGGGACAAAACAGACUGAAAGCUUUUGCUUCCAAAAGAUACUCCUGAACCUGUCAGUGAGGAAAAAAGAUGAACUUUCACUUUUUCUGCCAGAACUGCUCGACACCACUGACCUAACUUUGCACGGACUGCGUCAGUGAUUUCACUUUUUGUCGCCUUGUGACACCUUGAGAAGUUGCUGCUCAGAGGCUUGAAUUUAUUGCAUUGUCAUUGCCAGAAUAACAUCACAUCAAAUAAAUCUUUGCAAUACUUUUUGAAUACACUGGAACCAAAUAUUGUAUUUAUUAAGAAACAAGGUAAGAAAAAGUUUUAAUGUAUAUCUGCAAUUGUUCAGUAGUUACUUUGUAUUUUAUAUUUAACUCAAUUUGCACAUUUUGAAGAGAUAAGUUUCAAUUUCUUUCACACACUGUUAGAUUUUAAUUGUCCAUUACGUUUCGUGAAAGCUUUUCACUAAUAAAUUGUAUACACAAUUGAUUCGUGCUUUUGCUAUUCUAAAGGUAUAUAUAUUCCUUUUCAGUUACCAAGAUACAGUAUACUGUAGUGAUGUGUCACAGAGGACAGUUGCUGAUUAUAUCAGGUAUUGCAGAGGUUCCUCCAUCUGGAUGCCUUCAUUUUCAUAGGCAGGUUAUUUUGAUGGGCAAGGGUAGAUUACCAACCAGGCCAAGCAGCACAGUAACUGUAGCCUUUUUAAGACCUUUAUUAUUCACGUUUAUAGUGUUCUUAUGUGGUGUAAUUAUGUAAAUAAGUGUGGGCUUAUUACAGACACUAAGCAAAACUUAAUGGUUUCUGCCAUUGGUUUUCUUAUCAUUGGCCAGCCUUGACAGGUGGCGUCGAGCUGGGAGAAAAAGAAAGAUGUCUCACUGUAUGUCAAGGUUAUUCAAUAAAAUUCAAUGAGGUCCAAUUGGAGAGAAGUUCCUCAUGCAAAGGUCCGAAACAUCAUAAUAAUGUCUCAACUGCGCUAUGAUUUAGUGGCAUAUAUAUAUUGAAGUAGCCUUUCAUGCCUUGUACCAACGUCUGUAUGU